AUGUCAAAGGAGAAAUCAGAAUCAAAAACUUCAAAAGUUGAGGUUGUAUUAGUUGAUUAUCAACCUAUUAUUGAACCAAGUAAUAAAGCUAAAGAGAUUGGUUUUAUUGUAGAAGAUAUAAUGAACUCCUUUAGUAAUACAUGCGAGCAUUGUGACGUUGUGGUUGGACUCGAAGUCUAUGAUAAAAAUGAAAGGAAACGCAUAAAACAUCAAGAAAAAAUGUUGGAAAAGCAAAUUAAGUAUGAGAAAAAAGUAACAGAAAAACAAAUAAAAUAUGAAAAGAAAGUUGUGAGAAAAGAACAGAAAGACUAUGAGAAGAAUGUGAGAAAAAUGGAGAAAGAUUUGCGGAAACAAAGGAGAAAAGAAGAAAAACGAAUUUUUAAAGAAAACAAAAAAUGCUGUCACUCGUCAAACCACUUCGAAAUAAGUUCUGGUUCCAGUAUAAGUUCGAACCACUUUGAAAUACGAUCCAGUUCUAGUUCCAGUUCAAGCUCAAGUUCCAGUGAUUCAAACUGA